CUCUCUCGCUAAAAGGUCUCCAUUUCUCCUCCAAAGGUGCCUCCUUUAUAGGUCCAAUCCCUCGUUCUCAGCUCAAUAAUCACCAAACCCUAAUUCUCCGAUCUCAUCUUCUCUAAUUUGAUCUCUAAUCAAAGGAAAUCUUCGAUUUUUUGCGGCUGUUUUUGUGGUUUUUUUGGAUUCGAUGAGGAAGAGGGAGAGGGAGAACCCUUGCGUUGUUUGUGGGCACUACCACAAGUAUGAGGAAGGGGAGGUGUGUGGGGUUUGCGGGCAUCGGAUGCCGGCGUCGUCGGAGAAGCUUGUUCAGCAGAGCAGCGCGUUCCCGUCGGAGAUCUUGAAGGAUUUUUUGUAUUUGGGGAGUUAUGACAACGCGUCUCGUGGGGAACUUCUCAAGACUCAGGGCAUCUCUCGGAUCCUCAAUACUGUACCUGCUUGCCAGAAUUUAUACAAGAAUUCCUUCACCUAUUAUUGCCUUGAAGAUGAGAAGAUUUUGCAAUUUGAUAAUGCCACCCAGUUUUUAGAGCAAUGUGAAAGGGAUAAAGCUCGGGUUCUUGUUCAUUGCAUGUCAGGAAGGAGCAGGUCCCCAGCCGUGGUGAUUGCCUAUUUAAUGAAAUGUAAAGGUUGGCGUUUUGCACAAAGUCACCAAUGGGUAAAAGACCGCCGACCUCAGGUGGAGCUUUCCCCAGCUGUCCAUCAGCAAUUGCUGGAGUACGAACAGAAGAUUUUUGGAUCAAACGAGCCUAUGCCGACCCAAGUUUCGGCUAUGCCGGACUCAUCCUCGGGUUUUGUGUUUGGUUUCCCAAAAGUUUCUGAUAGCAAUACUCUUCCUAUCUUCAAUCAGUUAGCAAACACGUCAAUCUUCGAGCAAACAGGUCCAAACAUCGCACCCACCAGCUUUGUGUUCGGAGCAGGAAGGCCAGUUGACCAGCCAUUCCCUGAUAACAAUGCAUUCGGCUUCAUUCAUCCGAACACCAACGAAGCACCGAUGGACAGCUCUUAAAGACGGAACAAAUGGAAAAUACAAAUCUGUUGCAGAUUAUGUUGUAAACAAUGAAGUGGCCAAGACAGUGAUUGAAGAUCUCGCCGAAUGUUUUGGAUUUGGCUCUGCUUGUGCUUCUGAGUUAAGAGUGUCUUAUAUUUUUCUUGUUAAAAGUCUUCUGGCUUCUUGUUGAGAGAUCAAAUGAUGGAGUAACUCUGAAUCGUAUACAUGAUGCUCUGACAAUAAUCUCUUGUUCAUAUGUACUCUCUUCUUUGUAUCUCUUUAUUCCUCUGGUUUUUUUUCUGCUGGGGAUGUGUCAUGUAUGUAGGGGACCAGAUUCAAAUGUAUCUCAUGUGCAGGUGAAGAAUAUUUCUUAAAUAUGCAUUUGGCUCCGUGAAACUUUUUGUAUUUUCAAA